UGCUUCACAUGAAUCCAGGAACUCCGAUCGAAAGUGGCACCAUCGGCAGAUGAUUUGCCGAGGAUUAUUCCAGAUCGGUGAUGGUGGAAAACGAGGGUUGUAAAUCUUGUUUGGCGGCUCUCGGGGUUCUGCGUGUUUCCCUCGUUGACCAACUGGAGGGGCGGAUUGACUCUCUGCUGGACAUCUUAGUCAGUCGGGAAGUGUUCACUCGGGAUGACCGCGAGGAGGUGCUGUGCCGGCUCGGGCCUCGGGCCAGAGUGAGGACGGUGUUGGACAUCCUGACGUGUAAAGGCGAGGAAGCAGCCGAGAUCUUUCUCUCAAUCAGCAGUCGUCAGCAAGAGGCACAGACACACUCCCGAGCAGGCGACACAGACCAGCCUCAGUCCGUAGAGUACAACAAAGUCAAACAAAAGCAUAGAGACGUCCUCGCCCGUCGGAGCGAGGGCAUGCUCUUCUACAACACUCGUCACGGAGAGAAGAUCCUGUUUUCCGAACAUUACGUCAAUCUGUUGCUGGCCGACGGACACCAGGGCUUGGAGAACAAAAGACACGAGGUGCUGACGUUUGGGCAAAAGCGACUGUCUCUGCAGCAGAAGUCGGCGGUGCAGCGCAAGAUCACACCGGCCAAACUCUUUUCCAGCGCAAAUGGAAAGCGUCCGGUCAAGAAGGUUCUGGUGUCGGGGGUGGCCGGCAUCGGAAAAACCAUCCUGGUGCAGAAAAUGCUGUUUGAUUUUGGUAGAAACGGAGACCAUCUUGGAUUUGACUUCAUCAUUCACAUGACCUUCAGAGACCUGAAUCUGAUCGACAAACCGACGAACCUCCGGGAGCUGGUCCUGCGUAAAAACAGGCACCUCGCCAAGGAACUGGAUCACAUUUUAGCGAAUGACAACAAACUGCUGAUCAUCUUCGACGGCUUCGAUGAGUUCAGACACUACAGGAGCUGCGACGUGGACGCAUUUGUGACCGAGCCGGAUGAAGACGGGGCGGUGGUGGAGGUAUUUGGGAGUCUGAUGCAAGGGGAGCUGCUUCCCAACGCCUCUGUCAUGCUCACGAGUCGACCGGCAGCCAUCAACCACAUCCCCGUGGGCUGCGUCGACCGCUUUGUGGUCAUCGCUGGUUUCUCCUCCGCCGAAGUUCAAGACUUCUUCUCGCGUUAUUUCCAGGACGGCGCAAUUGCGGAACGCAUGUUCGCGGUGGUGUCGGCGAACGAGCUGAUGCUGACGCUCUGCUAUAUACCUGCGUUUUGCUACAUCGUGUGCUGCAUCCUCAAAGAAAGCAAAGACCUCUGUGGAGAGGGCCCCAAGACCAUGACGGACAUUUACAUGCAGUACCUGGUGGCCAUGCUUCGCUCUCACACUCAAGCGAGGGCCGAAACAUUUCGCGGAGAGCAAGAAGCGGGGACCGUCCACCCGCUGUCGGAUAUCGUGCUGAAGCUGGGACGCCUGGCCUUCCAGAAGCUGAUGGAACAUCAGACUCUAUUCUACGGCAGCGACGGAGAUGUCGCGGCGUUGAAGGGAUGCAGCCUGGCGAGCACCUUUCUUGACAAGACGGUGGCACAAGAGCCCGGCUGCAAUGAGGAUGUCUACUCCUUUGCGCAUCUUACCGUUCAAGAGUUCUUCGCUGCACUUUACUGUGCAGUGACGGACCACCCACUGCCUGAUGCACUUCAGCGCAGUGCGGGGCUUGGGGAGGGGUCCAGCAACGGACAUUUGGACCUCUUCAACCGCUUCCUUUCCGGAAUCCUCUCUGAACGCAAUGCUAAUCUUUUAUCAAGGCAGGUGGGGCUGAGCUGCCGUAAGGACAAAGUGGACGACUAUCGUCAGAGGAUCAUCCAAGACCUGACAACGCUGUGUGAGAGUGGGGCCCAUAUCCUGAACCAUUUACACUGCCUGUUUGAGCAACAGGACCCGUCUCUGGCCCUUGCUGUGCAACCAAAGACAUUGCAGGUGAAUGUCAGCGAUGAAACGCUCUCCCAAAUGGAUUACAAUGCCAUCAAGUACUUCUUGAACCUUACAAAGGGCAUAAUCACUGAGCUGGAUCUGACAGGGACAGGAGUAAGCUGUGACGCACUUCGGGACAUUCAGCCCCUGCUGCUCAGAUGUCAAAGACUUUGGCUUGGAGAAAACAACCUUGAUAUGAACACAGUUCAAGUCAUUGUGGAUGUGCUGCAAGUGUCGGAAAGUAUAACCAACCUUGGACUUGGAUGGUCAGACAUCGGUGAUGAUGAACUACUUGCAAUUUCUAGUGCCAUACGGGUGAAAAAAAACCUUCAAGAGCUGUGGAUGGAGGGAAACCGAGUGACCUACAAAGGGCUGCUGUCACUUCGUGAUUUGACCCCAAACCCUCUGAAGAAAGUUGUCGCCAUAUGGAAUGACAUAACUGACACAGAUCGAGAGUCGUUUUGCACCCAGGAAAGCAUAACGGUGAGCUUCACAGAUGAUGAUAUGUGGGCAGCGUGGGGGAAAUGGGUUUUCAAAAGGUGCGAAGUCAGCAGCAAUGAGAAGUUAGUGACGGUGCUCCACAAAGUGUGCAACAUAUCAGUCCACUGCUUAGAGGCCCAGUGGGCGAAGACUUUCUACAAGGAACUAUCACAGCUCAUCAAGCACAGGAUUGAGUGCUGCACUGAGGACGACAUGAGCAAGAAGCUCAACAAGUUUGACCAGAUAUUGAACUACUGAGAGAAAAAGGACUACACAGAGUUCAAGUUAUAAGCUGGAACAUAAACAAUAACAUUUAAUGUUGAAUGCUUCGGAUGAAACAAACUCAUAGUGGAAGACUAGGCGUGGUGAAAGAAAAAAAUGUAUGGCCAGUAUGGGGAUUGAACCCAUGACCUUGGCGUUAUUAGCACCACGCUCUAACCAUCUGAGCUAACCGGCCACGAGACGUUGUGGCUCGCCGACACAAUCUGUUUUACGUUACGUUUUAGUUUUCUGCCAUGAAUUGCACACUGUCCUUAUACACUCGUGCUACGUAGCGUAUGGAGGAUUUCUCUUCCAAAUACAAUUUCACAUGUAUGUGAUUUUUGUUUACUAUGUAUUAUGAUGUAUUGAUCUGUUUUCUGUUUAAAUUUGAAAUGCUACUCCUUGCGAAUUCUUCUAUUUUUUAAAAUAUUAAUUUUAUUUAGACAAUCCGAUUUGUUGUAACUUGUGGACAAUUAAAUAUCAAUAAAAUGUUGA